CGCUGAAUCCUGCAGAACCUUCUUCAUAGUCAGGACUGAGCACUGGACACAUCAUGUCUACUGUGUGGACUGUGCUGCUGAUCUGUAUCUCGGUUUACUUAUGUUUACCACCGGGAUCUGGAGGAGCAUUAGUGAUCUCAAGAAACAAUGAGCAACAGGAAAGUGAAGGCAAUCCCGGCAAACUCAUAAAGAAACGAAGUGUGAAGACUGCUGAGAUAGAGUUACAGAAUGUGAAGAUCGAAUGCACAGUGACAUCUCGAUUCGCCCACACGGUCAUGACGUCCACAGCUCUGAACAAGGCGAAUGUUUCACAGGAAGUCUUCUUCGAGGUGGAGUUGCCCAAAACGGCCUUCAUCACCAACUUCAGCAUGGAGAUUGAUGGAAAGACAUAUGUAGGAAAUGUUAAAGAAAAAGAAAAGGCCAAGAAGCAGUAUGAGGCAGCUGUGUCAUCCGGACAGACUGCUGGUAUUGUCAAAGCUUCAGGCAGAAAGAUGGAGAAGUUCUCUGUCUCUGUGAACAUCGCAGCCAACAGCAACGUCAUAUUCACACUUACCUACGAGGAGCUCCUUCAUCGUCGGCUUGGCAAAUAUGAGCUCAUGAUCCGAGUCAAACCCAAACAGCUGGUCCAGCACUUUGAGAUUGUUGCCGAUGUCUAUGAGCCUCAAGGCAUUGCAUUUCUGAAUGCCCACGGUACAUUUAUCACCAAUGAGCUACUUCCCCUGGUGGAGAAAACAGUCACUGACAAAAGAGCCCACGUGUCCUUUUCUCCAACUCUGGAUCAGCAAAGGAAAUGCCCAGACUGUGAUGGCACACUGAUAGACGGAGAUUUCUACAUUAACUAUGAUGUCAGUCGUGUACAAGAUCUUGGUGACAUUCAGAUAGUGAACGGGUAUUUCGUACAUUUCUUUGCUCCAGCUACUUUGCCAAAAUUGCCAAAAAAUGUAGUUUUUGUGAUCGACAGGAGUGGCUCCAUGAGUGGAACAAAAAUGCAACAGACUCAUGAAGCACUGCAGACAAUCCUCAAUGACUUGCAUGAGGAAGACCACUUUGGCUUCGUAACGUUUGCAAGUGAUGUUACAACAUGGAGACCAUCACUAACUAAAGCCACCAAGGAAAAUGUAAAAAUAGCAGAAGAUUUUGUUAAAACCAUCAUCGCACUUGGCGGGACGAAUAUCAAUGACCCUCUUUUGUUUGCUGUGAAAAUGCUGAAAGAUGCCAAGGAACACAAAACUGUCCCAGAAAACAGCGCAUCCAUUAUCAUCCUACUGACUGAUGGAGACCCAAAUUCUGGUGAAGUUAAUCAAGAAAAAAUUCAAGAAAAUGUCCAGAAUGCUAUUGGUGGAAACAUGACCCUCUUUUGCUUGGGCUUUGGCUAUGAUGUACGUUAUGUUUUCCUGGAUGUUAUGGCCAAGCAGAACAAUGGUCUGGCUCGGAGAAUCUACGAGGGAUCGGAUGCUGUGCUUCAGCUGCAGGGAUUCUAUGAUGAAAUCUCGAGCAUUCUGCUAUCGGAUGUGAAUUUCCAUUAUCCAGAAAACUCGGUGAACUCAGUGACCAGCAGCUACUUUAAGCAGCUGUUUAACGGCUCUGAGAUCGUCGUGGCAGGUCGACUGAAUGACCUCGAGAUGAACGACUUUCCAGUCGAAGUGCACGCUCAGUCGUUAGAUGACGAGUUUGUGUUGAAAGGCCAGGCCAGUGUUCAAGACUGGAAUACCAUCUUUCCCGACCAGGAUUACAUCUUUGGAGAUUUCACAGAGCGUCUCUGGGCAUAUCUGACAAUCCAGAAUCUUUUGGACAAGAUAGAAAAGGGUUCUCCUGAAGAGAAGCAAAAUGUUACAGCAGAAGCACUAGAGCUCUCUCUGAAAUACAACUUCGUCACCCCACUUACCUCCAUGGUGGUCACCAAGCCUAAAACUGAAGAAAAGCCAGAGGAUACACUUAUUGCUGACAAGCUAACAGAGGAUCAGCGUAAGGAUGCUCCACAAGUUCCCGCUUCUUCGUACAAUUACAGGACAUACACUGCACCCGUUUUAAAUUGGGUUGAUUCAGAUCCGCACUUCAUCAUUGAGUUUGCAGACCAAAAUGAUGCACUCUGCUUCAAUAUCAAUGACAAACCAGGCACCAUCUUUAACCUGAUCAAAGAUCCACUGAUAGGUGUCACGGUAAAUGGUCAAACCAUCGGGGACAAGAAGGUAGACCCUGAGAACACGAUGAACACCUACUUUGGGAGCUUUGGAAUCGUUCAUGCUAAGUUUGGCAUCAGAUUGCUCGUGACCACACAGUACAUCUUGGUGUCUGAAAAGGGAAAACAGGCAAAACUCUUCUGGUCUGACAAUACCUCCAUCAAAGGGCCCAAUAUGGAUCUGCAAGUAGCCAAAGACCGCAGUCUUACAGCGACCUUGAGGAACUCUGUGAAAUUUGUUAUUGUUCUACACAAAGUAUGGAAGAAACAUCCCUACCACCAGGACUACUUAGGCUUUUAUACUCUGGAUAGUCAUCUGUUUUCACAUAAAGUCCAUGGACUACUUGGACAGUUUUUCCAUGGUGUAUCAUUUGAAGUUAGUGAUGUGUUUAAAGGGGAAGAUCCAGACAAACCAGAUGCCACCAUGAUUGUGAAGGGCCACAAACUCACAGUGACCAGGGGCUGGCAGAAAGACUUCAGAAAGGAUGUGAAAAAAGGAGAAAACUUGCCCUGUUGGUUCAUCCAUAAUAAUGGCACAGGGCUAAUCGAUGGUGGCAUUGGAGAUUACAUUGUCUCUGGCCUCUUUAAGACAAUCUGAGAAUAGAAACAAGGAUACAAGAGACUGGACUGGACCUGGCACAUAUUCUAUUUUCCAUUUUCUGCUUAAAUCUUGCUAAGGAGACACCAUCCUUUUACAUUAAGAUGACCAUACAUUCUUUGAAUAUGUACAUGCUUGCUUCAUAUUAAAGAUCUCUGGCAACUAUACAA